GCCACUCGGCUCCAUUAUCACUCCAAUUUUGCUGAUAAUAAAGGGCACAUUAAUCACUCUGAAAAGGUCAUGCGAGUUAUUACAUGGAAUAGAUCCUUUAAAGGAAUGCCUAAUGCGGAUGAUGGGAAGGAUGAUUCUGACUCAGAUGAGCAAGAUACCCAUGCUGCUGUAUUGGACAAGUUGCUAGCAUGGGAAAAGAAACUUUAUGAUGAAGUAAAGGCUGGUGAACUUAUGAAAUUCGAGUACCAAAAGAAGGUCGCUUCACUAAACAAGCUAAAGAAAAGAGCUACCAACUCUGAUGCAUUGGAGAAAGCAAAAGCAGCAGUCAGUCAUUUGCAUACAAGAUACAUUGUAGAUAUGCAGUCCUUGGAUUCUACAGUCUCAGAGAUUAACCGUUUACGUGAUGAGCAAUUGUAUCCAAAGCUUGUUGAGCUUGUUGAUGGGAUGGCCAUUAUGUGGAAAGUCAUGCUAGGUCGCCAUGAGAAGCAAUCAAGCUUUAUGAUGUCGCUGAAAUCCUUGGACAUUUUCCAGUCUCCUAAGGACACAAGUGAACACCAUCAUGACCGAACAGGCCAAUUGUUGGUUGUCGCGCAUCAGUGGCAUUCACAUUUUGAGAUGCUAGUUGACAAUCAAAAGAAAUACAUAAAGGCCUUAAACAAUUGGUUAAAAUUAAAUCUUAUCCCUAUCGAGAGCAGUUUGAAGGAAAAGGUUUCUUCUCCCCCAAGAAUUAGGAGUCCACCCAUUCAAGGGCUUCUCCAUGCAUGGCAGGAGCGAUUAGAGAGGCUUCCUGAUGAGCUUGCCAAGACAGCUAUAGGCAACUUUGCUGCUGUGAUGGAUACUAUUUAUAACAUGCAACAAGACGAGAUGGGUUUGAAGAGAAAAUGUGAGGAUACAAGAAAGGAGCUUGCCCGGAAAACACGGCAAUUCGAAGAUUGGCAUAACAAGUAUAUGCAAAAGAAAAUACCAGAUGAAUUUGAUCCUGAAAAUGCAGAAGGUAGUCAUGGCCCGGACGAACUUGUUGCAGAGAAGCAGUUCUUGGUUGAACAAAUUAAGAAGAGGCUGGAAGAAGAGGAAGAAGCCUAUGCAACUCAAUGCCACCAAGUGAGGCAAAAGACCUUGGCAAGUCUCACGAAUCGUAUGCCAGAGCUCUUUAGGGCUAUGCAAGAUUUUUCCCUUGAGUGUUCCAAAAUGUACAGUGAAUUAAGGUCAAUAUCGCACAGCUUAGGCCAGAGCAUAUCAUGAGGGUUGGUUUGUGUUUUUUUCCUCUUUUUUAUUUAUUUAUUUGGGUAAAGUAUAUGUUUAUUGGUUGUUAUAUAAUGUUCUCUUGAUUCGGGAUGAAUGUUGAAUAUUUAAAGUAAGCUGUAAUUGAAUGUUCAUACAACUGAGAAAUAGGGAGGUUGAAA